GCGCCGGUUGCUGCACUCGCACGCUCAUGGCAACUGCGUGAGCAGGUUACUUGAGAGCUUCGCCAUCCCCAUCUCCUCCCCUUCGGCCCCGGGAACUGAGCACUCGGGGCGGCAGGGGCGGGGCCGCCGGAAGUGUGCCCGCGCCGGUCCUGCCUUUUCCCGCGGUCCGCUGCUCGGGCGGCGCCCGCGCCCGCUCAGGGUACGUUCCGGGCUCCGGGCUCCGGGCCGCCCGCCCCGCCCCUCAGCCGCCGCCCCCCCGCCCGACAAACCAUGGCCGCUGCGGCCGGGGACGGCGCGGUGAAACCGCUGCAGUGCGCCAUGAAGCUGGCCAACGGGGCCAUCGAGCUGGACACUAGCAACCGGCCCCGGGAAGCAUAUACAGAAUACCUGAGGAGCAUCCACUACAUCGCCCAGGUACUGCUGGAAGAAGUGGAAACCACCAAAGAAGCUGGGGAAACUGUGUCCCCGGACACCUCGAAGAUGCUGAAACUGGCUGAGCAGUGCCUGGAGAGGGCCCACUCAACAGCUGCCAAGCUUGGGAAAACACGCCUGAAGCCAGCCAUGCCUGUGGCUGCUCCUGUCCCCUCACCUACCACCCGACAUCGCCGGGUGUACUCAGAUGAGGGGGGGAAGCUCUCUCCAUUUCUGCCGCCUGAGAUCUUCCAGAAGCUUCAGGUGGUAGAGUCGCAAAGCUCUAAGAAAGAGCUGACACCCCUGGAGGAGGCCUCCCUGCAGAACCAGAAAUUGAAGGCUGCAUAUGAGGCUCGGAUGGCCCGUCUGGACCCCAGCCAGGCCCUGCAGAAGACAUCCCUGACCCUAUCUCUGCAGCGGCAGAUGAUGGAGAACCUGGUGAUUGCCAAAGCCCGGGAGGAGACACUGCAGAGGAAGAUGGAGGAGCGCCGGCUUCGACUCCAGGAGGCCGCCAACAGGAGGUUCUGCAGUCAGGUUGCCCUGACCCCGGAGGAGCGGGAGCAGCGGGCCCUUUAUGCCGCCAUCCUUGAGUACGAGCAGGACCACGACUGGCCAAAGCACUGGAGGGCCAAGCUCAAGAGGAGCCCAGGGGACCUGUCGUUGGUGACCAGCCUGGUCUCCCACCUGCUCAGCAUCCCGGACCACCCCAUCUCGAAGCUCCUGAAGAAGCUCCAGUGCGCUGUGUACCGCGCGCUGUACCCGGUGGUGAGCCAGGCCGCCGUGGGCGCUGCCUUGGCCCCGGGCUGCUGCACCCUGCCUGCGGACACCGACGGGCUGCUGGCCCCUGGAAGCCGGCGGCUUCGGCCUUCGCAGAGCCUCUACUGCAUGCUCUCCCCGCCAGAGCCAGGCCCGGCCCCGCGGCCCCCUGACAGCACCCCCGCCAGUCCUCCCACGCCCCCGCCCCACCCUGGCCCCCCCGACAGAGGGGCGGACAGCACCCCUGCAGGGCUGCCCUCACCCCUGGCAGACAUCUCAUCCCACCUGCCAUGCAAGGACAGCUCCUUCGAAGACCUGGAACAGUUUCUGGCUACUUCUGAGAGGUGGGGCCAGGGCCCUGGGGGGUGGCCAGAGCCCCAGACCCCCGGGGUGAAGGAGCCAUUGCUGGAGCAGCUGAAGAGCACUGUGAAGGACAUCCACGAAGCCGUUGACAGGCUACUCUCGCUGACGCUCCUGGCUUUUGAAGGCCUGAACAUGGCCGCCUCCAAGGACCGCUGCCUGGCCUGCAUCGAGGAGUCCUUCUUCUCCCCGCUGUGGCCCCUGCUGCUGACCUUCUACAGGAGUGUGCACCGCCCCCGGGAGGCUGCCCUGAGCAGGAGCAUGGAGCUCUACAGGAAUGCGCCCCCAGCAGCCGUAGGCAUCCCCGCCAAGCUCCUCCCUCGGGACCCUGAGGCCAUGGGAGCUGGUGCCUACCCCUACUGCACAGCAGCCCAGGAGCUGGGUCUGCUGGUUCUGGAGAGCUGCCCCCAGAAGAAGCUGGAAUGCGUUGUGAGGGCCCUGCGGGUCAUCUGUGCCUGUGCAGAGGAUUACUACCGGGCCCAGGAGGCUGGACUCCAGGCUGGACCCCAGCCCGGCGCCACUGUCAUUGGUGCCGAUGACCUGCUGCCCAUUCUGUCUUUCGUGGUGCUGAGAAGCGGCCUCCCGCAGCUGGUGUCGGAGUGUGCAGCCCUGGAGGAGUUCAUUCACGAGGGGUACCUGAUUGGAGAGGAGGGCUACUGCCUGACGUCACUGCAGAGUGCCUUGAGCUUCGUGGAGCUGCUGCCCCGGGGGGCUCUGGGCAAGUAGUGGAGGAGGACCCUCCAGGAGUCACCAGCACUGGGGGCAGCGGGCCAGCUCUUGUGGGGCUCUGCAGCUCUCAAGCCCACCCUAACCCAGCAUCUGCCCCCAGGGGCUCAAAGAGGCCCCUCUGCUCCUGACAGGAUGGCGCUGAGCUGAGUCAGCUCCCAGGAACCGGGCCCUUUUCUCCCCUGACCCAGUCUCUGAGAGGCCCCGUGCAGGGACACUGGAGCUGUGGACUCCCCUGGACAUGC